CAACGCCACCCAACCCAGGCUGCCACAAGAGAUACAUAUAGGUCUCUACAUACUCAUUUGAAGCUCGAAUCUUCAUCAUUAUAGAGCAUACAUACUACUGCAACUCCGUACUAGUUCAAUCUGAUAGCAUCAGCCACAACAACCAUGAAUGUACCCAAGUUCAACGAGCGUGAGAAAGCACUGGAGAAUGAAUACAUCAGAAAAAGAGAAGCGGAGAAAUUCAAGCCGGCACCACAGCCUGGAGCGAACCAAGGGGCACCGAAACAGACAGGAAACUCUGGCCAGACUACUGGAAAUCAAAAGUGACCAUCACGAGGAAGGC